CACUGUAGAAUUGAUCCACCACUUAGAUCAGGGUUACUUUAUUAUUGUUACAAGGAUUUCUUCAGUAUUGUUUUAAUGGCAGUUGUCGAUGCUUAUCUACGCUUUAUAUACGUUGAUAUUAGGAUAAAUGGACGAAUAAGUGAUUCGGGUGUAUGGAAUAAAUGUACUCUCAAGGUUCGUUUAGAAAGCAACAACCUUCAUAUUCCGGGUCCAUCUCCACUUUCUGGCACAAGAGAAAUGUUUCCUUAUGUGUUAAUAGGUGAUGAAGGUUUUCCUUUAACAGAGAAACUCCUUAUACUGUAUUCUGGUUCUCAAUGCUCUGAUAGAAAAAAAUCAUACUGUAUUAUACAUUUGCCAAGAACUAGACGUUGCUCAGAAAAUGCCUUUGAUAAUCUUGGAGCUAGAUUCCAGAUAUAUCAAAGUGCAAUGAGAUAUGAUUCAGAUGAUGCUGAAAAGAUAAUAAUGGCAACUUGCUGUCUCCAUAAUAUGUUACGGAGUAAAGUUGUUGGCAGGGCCAUGUAUACACCUCCAUCAUUUAUUGAUGAAGAAGAUAUGUCAAGUAAAAUCAGACCGGGUGAUUUCCGGGAAGAGUCAGCAAAUGGUUUAAUAAACCUGGAUAAUCAAGGAGGGAACAGGCACGCAAAUUCUAUUUUUCUAAGAAAUAAAUGGCGCGACUAUUUUAAUGUUGGAGGUGCAGUACCGUGGCAAGAGCGUAUGGUGCGAUAAAAAAAUUGUAACAUUAUUUAUACGUUCUUUAAAAAUAUAUCUUUUAUAGCUUACUAUCAGAAAUAAUACACAGUAUAAAAUACAAG